GCUCACUUAUGGAUUUACCGGGGAAUUCUGGAUUUACCGGGCAAAGUUGGCUAUUUUAAUAGCCAAAAUCUGUCGCUUCCCGCCAAUCUCUCGUAUCCUCUCUUCCCGCUUCCUCCCCCUUUGCAGCUCCCCUUCUCCAGUUGCGCCGCGCCAUCCAUAUCUCCAUGGACGCUCCUUUCUCCAUCGCAAAUCUCACUCUCCUCUCUCUUCCUUCUCUUCUCCGAUUUUCGGCUUCACGAUGGGCAAUUGCUUCUCCCAUGGCAACAAGAGAAAGUCCCAUCGCCAUCCCGUUUCUCCACCGCCCUCCACCUCCCCCCCACCCACUUCUGCGCCUCGCACCAAUCACGGCACCGACAGCACUCCCAAUGCCAACCCCACGGCAGCCGCACCGCAACAGCAACGUCAGCCGCAGCCGCAAGCUCCACCGAAUCCCGCCGCCCUGGGCUUCGUGCUGGGCCAGCCGAUGGAGGACAUCCAUGACACGUACGAGAUCGGCAAGGAGCUGGGCCGCGGCCAGUUCGGCGUCACCUACCUCGCCACCCGCAGGGACACCGGGGAGCAGUUCGCCUGCAAGACCAUCGCCAAGCGCAAGCUCAUCGACGUGGAGGACAUCGAGGACGUGCGGCGGGAGGUGGUGAUCAUGCGCCACCUCUCCGGUCAGUCUGGCUACAUCGUGGAGCUGAAGGGCGCCUACGAGGACAAGCAUUCGGUGCACCUCGUCAUGGAGCUGUGCGCCGGCGGCGAGCUCUUCGACCGCAUCAUCGCCAGGGGGCACUACACCGAGCGGGCGGCGGCGGCGCUUAUAAGGACCAUCGUGCAGAUUGUGCAGACCUGCCACUCGAUGGGGGUGAUGCACAGGGACCUCAAGCCGGAGAACUUCCUCUUGUUGAACCAGGACGAGGAUGCCCCGCUCAAGGCCACCGACUUCGGCCUCUCUGUCUUCUUCAAGGAAGGAGAGGUAUUCAGAGACAUAGUUGGCAGCGCAUAUUACAUCGCACCUGAAGUCUUAAAGCGAAGAUACAGCCAAAAAGCUGAUAUUUGGAGCACUGGGGUGAUGCUUUAUAUUUUCCUCAGUGGAUCUCCUCCAUUCUGGGCUGAGACAGAACGAGGGAUCUUCAAUGCCAUUCUGCGAGGAGACAUUGAUUUUGCAUGCGAUCCGUGGCCCAACAUCUCGUCUGGUGCAAAAGAUCUUGUGAGGAAGAUGCUAAUGUCAGAUCCGAAGAAGAGAUUAACAGCUAUGGAAGUUCUAAACCAUCCUUGGAUCAAGGAAGACGGAGAUGCACCUGAUACUCCACUCGAUAUCAAUGUUCUGAAUAGGUUAAAACAAUUCCGAGCGAUGAACAAGUUCAAGAAAGCCGCAUUGAAGGUAAUAGCCGGCUGUCUAUCAGAGGAAGAGAUAAGUGAACUGAGUGAGAUGUUCAAGAGUAUGGACUCUGACAAUAGCGGAUCGAUAACACUAGAAGAAUUGAGGAAAGGUCUUGCCGAUCAAGGAGCAAAGCUCUCAGAGAGAGAACUCACAUUGUUGAUGGAAGCUGCUGAUGCGGAUGGAAAUGGAACUAUCGAUUAUGAAGAAUUCAUCACUGCAACUAUUCACAUGAACCGGAUGGACAGAGAAGAGCAUCUCUACACAGCAUUUCAAUUCUUCGAUAAAGAUAAUAGCGGUUUCAUUACAAAGGAAGAACUCGAGCAGGCACUGAAAGAGAAGGGAAUGUACGAUGGGAAGGAAAUCAAGGAUAUUAUUUCUGAAGCUGAUUCAGACAAUGAUGGAAGAAUUAACUACGACGAGUUCGUGGCCAUGAUGAAAAAGGAAAACUCUGAACGUCAACCGAAGUCAAGGAGGAGAAGUGGAGCUUAUGCUUGAUUUGAGG